CAGUACUAACAAACCCUUCAAUCGAAGAACUUCCUCCUAAAUUCCAUGCAACAACAGCAGAUUUCAUUAUCACGGAAUAGACAAUUUUGGAGAGAUCUAGAGCUGGUACUACAACAGCAGCCCAGUUGCUGGGCUAAAUUGGAUGGAGGGGUUGACUUCAGACUUCAGGUGACCACCCCGCUCAAUGUUCAUUGUUCAUCGGUUCACUUGAAUGUGUAGACGACUCGGACUACUUAUCUUCAUUCUAUCAAGUUGGUCUGCCUCGGGAAGACUAGUAUGCUGGUGUAAAGUUGUCUCAAUUUCAUACCAUUUUGCUCCUCCGCUUCCCCUCUUUUCCAAAUACACAAGGACUUGCGCCCGUGCUGCUUUCUCUCGCGUUACUCCCGCAAUCGUCAAUGGCUGUGCACGUUCAUUACCACUUAUAACAGCUGUUGCCCUGGCCCUCGGGUAUGCGACCUACAGUGAGAACCUAGUAAGGACCGCACGGGGGUCUCACCAAACAUUUUAUUUUGAAAGUAUUCGAUCCGUGAUGCACUCAAUAUUGUCAUGGAGGAAGAACUCCUACGUGAUGAGUUUUCAUCCUUGGUGAAGAGGUAGCUCGACACAACGGUGCAUACAAGGUUA